GUGUUCCUGCCGCAGGGCUUCCCCGACAGCGUCAGCGCGGACUACCUGGCCUACCAGCUGUGGGACUCCGUGCAGGCCUUCGCCUCCAGCCUCUCGGGCGCGCUGGCCACCCAGGCAGUCUUGCUGGGCAUAGGGGUAGGGGACGCAAAAGCCUCCGUUUCAGCCGCCACGGCCACCUGGCUCGUGAAAGAUUCAACGGGCAUGCUGGGCCGGAUACUCUUCGCCUGGUGGAAAGGGAGCCAGCUGGAUCGGAACGCCAAGCAGUGGAGGCUUUUCGCUGACAUCCUUAACGAUGUGGCCAUGUUCCUUGAGAUCAUGGCCCCCAUGUACCCUUUCUGCUUCACCAUGAUCAUCUGCACCAGCAACCUGGCCAAGUGCAUUGUGGGCGUGGCUGGCGGGGCCACGCGGGCCGCACUGACCAUGCACCAGGCCCGAAGAGGUAACAUGGCCGAUGUGUCCGCCAAGGACAGCAGCCAGGAGACGCUGGUGAAUCUGGCCGGACUCCUGGUCAGCCUCUUGAUGCUUCCCCUGGUGUCGGAUCGGCCCAGCUUCAGCCUGGGCUGUUUCUUCCUGCUCACGGCCCUCCACAUCUACGCCAACUACCGGGCUGUCCGAGCCCUUGUGAUGGAGACCUUGAAUGAAGGCCGGCUGGGGCUGGUCCUCACGCACUUCCUGCAGAGGGGAGAGGUGCCCCGCCCCACCUCAGCCAAUCAGAUGGAGCCGCUGUGGACAGGCUUCUGGUCAUCUCCGUCUCUGUCCCUUGGGGUCCCCCUGCACCGCUUGAUUUCCAGUAUCUCGGAGCUGCAGCAGUUGACAGAGGGGCACCAGGAAGCCUACCUCCUUCACUGGGACCAAUCACGAAAGCAGGCACAGGUGGCUCUGAGCCAGACAGCAGGCCCCGAGACAGUCCUGAGAGCUGCCACACACGGGCUGGUGCUUGGAGCCCUUCAGGGAGAUGGGCCUCUCCCGCGAGAACUGGACGAGCUGAGGAGCCAGUAUCAGGCAGGUUCUGGACAAGAUAGCUGGGUCGCUGUCAAGGAGACACACCAAGUGCUGGACAAGCUGUUCCCAAAGUUCCUGAAAGGGCUGCAGGAUGCCGGCUGGAGGACGGAGAAGCACCAGCUGGAGGUGGAUGAGUGGAGAGCCACGUGGCCCCAGUGUCCAGCUAAGAAGGUGUUGUGAGCCACCCAGAAGGCGCCCAGGGCCCAGAACAGGAGCAAGGACACUGUGGCCACAGCAGCAUGGAUGAAGCGGCAGCUUUAUUGGCUUUUGUAGGGCAACGACUAUGGCUGGCCAAGUGACUGCCAGUCAGCUGGACUGGGCCCCGGACAGAUACAAGGCUGAGGAAAGGGCACCCAGGGCCUUCCCCUGCUCCUGCCCUCACCCUCUUCUGUGCGGCCCUGACCCCACUCCUCGGGAGGCUGAGCCCCCACCCACUCAUGGCUCUCUUUGUCCCACGUUGUGGCCUCAGGCGUAAAAGCCCCACAGGAACAUGGCCACCGCCAUCAUGAGCAGGGCGUUGAGGUUGACCACGCGGGCCCAGCGUGGGUCCUCACUGAUGUCCUCCAGUUGCCUGGCCGCUGCAGCAGCCUCUUCCUGGGUAGGGGGUGGGGGGCUACCUGCCCCACCCCCACUCAUGCCACAGAACCAAAACAGGCACCGUCGAAAGAGACUUGGGGCCGGGGCCGGGGGCUCUGGAGAAAUGGAGGCCUUGCAGUCAGUGAGAGAGCGGGUCUCUCCUGCCCCCCCCCCCAUCGCCCCCCUCAGCAGAGCCCUACCCUCCAUCUCCACUGCAUGCUCCGGGCGCCCAUUCUGUACAGGCGGGGAGGCAGGGACUUCAGGCUCCUCAUCCGCAUCCAGGUCCUCUCGCUCCUCCGUGCUGUGCCGGAGACUGAAGACCAGGCGGUGGAGCUGGGGGGGUGGGGGGGUGAGCAGAGACCAGGUGGGAGUUCUUCCCAACCCUCGGCCCUACUCUCUGUGGGCUCCUGCCCCAACCCUUGAGCCAGCUCGGCCCUGGGUACCUGCCUGGCAGCCACACACAGUAUGGUCUUUCAGGGUUUGGCGUCUGUCUCUUUUUACCACCAAUCACAGAGCCUGUUCUGAAGCCCAAAGGCCAAGCCAAGAAUUGGCUUUGGGAUGGUCAAUCCCUAGGGAACACUGCAACCUACUACCCUCCCCCCUCCACCCCCAUGCCCCAGGGGUCUUAAGGCCCACUUUUCCAAGAUCACUUUGAAUAAAGGACCUCUAACAUCAA